GGAAACCAACACGAACGGAGACGAUCAGAAAAGUACAACGAGCAGCUUCGCCAGGUUUUAUUGCGCUCGCCGAAAGACAGCCGCCUCGAACGACACGACACGGCGAGUCGGCGACCUUCGCUUCCUCCGCCACCGAAUCCACCACAAAAAUCACCAUACCAUUUCUUGGGUUCCUUUUUUCCUAUUCACCGGAGGCCGGCGCCGGCCGACGAAGAAGAACAAGGGAGAAAGGAGGGAUUUUUUUUGUGGGCGAAAGGCGGCGGUUUUGGUACUUUUCCUGCUCCCUCGCGUUUGCGUUGGCCGGCGGCUCCGGCUUUCAGUGAGGCGUUGUGUGGUGGUGUUCUGACGGAGCGGAGAUGUCGUCGGCGAUGGUGGAACGGGCGACGAGCGACAUGCUCAUCGGUCCGGACUGGGCCAUGAACCUGGAGAUCUGCGACAUCCUCAAUCGCGACCCUGGGCAAGCAAAAGAUGUGGUGAAGUCCCUCAAGAAACGCAUUAUACACAAGAACCCAAAGGUCCAGCUUCUUGCUCUCACGUUGCUGGAGACGAUGAUAAAAAAUUGUGGGGACAUUGUCCAUAUGCAUGUUGCUGAGAGAGACAUACUUCAUGAAAUGGUCAAGAUAGUUAAGAAAAGGCAUGAUUAUCAUGUAAAAGAGAAGAUACUCACACUGAUAGACAAUUGGCAAGAAGUUUUUGGUGGUGCACGUGCAAGAUAUCCUCAAUACUUUGCAGCAUACCAGGAGCUCUUGCGCACUGGAGCUGUAUUUCCUCAAAGAUCAAAUGGUUCUGUGCCCAUCAUUACUCCUCCUCAGACUCAGCCUCUACAAAACUAUCCCCCUCCUUUAAGCAUUUCUCAGCAGGAGGAACCUGAAUUGUCCAUUCCAGAUUUCCCAGCAUUAAGCCUUACAGAAAUUCAGAAUGCACGUGGCAUCAUGGAUAUUCUUUCAGAGAUGUUGGAUGCUUUGGAUCCGUGUAACAGAGAGGGACUUAGGCAGGAUGUCAUUGUUGACCUUGUGGAUCAAUGCCGUUCUUACAAGCAAAGAGUAGUACAGCUUGUCAACACUACCUCGAACGAGGAUUUGCUCAGCCAGGGUCUUUCUUUGAACGAUGAUAUGCAGCGUGUCCUUGCAAAACACGAUGCUAUUGCUGCAGGUAUAGCAAUUCAGGUGGAAAAGCCAAAAUAUCUGCAGUCACAAAUUGAGAGUUCUGCAACAAGAAAGCCAGAUACUGCGAAAGAACCAGUUCAGAGGUCUUCGGCAAGUACAAGCAGCACCAACCAGUCUCCCUUUGAGAUUUUAGCGCUUCCUGCGCCUCCAUCAUCCAGUAGCUCAAAAGCUCCUGUGGCUCCAGCUGCUAAGAUUGACCUCCUUAGUGGAGAUGAUUAUUUCAAACCUGAACCUGCAAACUCCCUGGCACUUGUUCCUGUCACUGAAUAUUCAGCUUCAGACCAGAACGUCUUAGCCUUUGCAGAUAUGUUUGAACAAAAUACUACGAACAAGAGCAACCAUAAUCUUCCGAACUCCUUUAAUUCCUCGACUCCAAAUUCUACAUCCAACGCCAUUGUACCUUAUGAUCAACAGCCAGAGUUGAACUCUACAGGUUCAUGGAAUGGGCAGCCAGCUUAUGGAACAGGUCACCAAAAGCAAGCCCUAUAUUAUGGUACAGAUAAUCGAAAUGGAGGUAUUCCACCAGCGCCAUCAGAAAUUAAGCGAUCCACUAACCCAUUCGACGAUGACAGACCAGUUGGGCCGGCAUUACAACCAGGACAAUCAGCAAGCAUCCAUCCCCAACCAGUGCAUGUCAGUCAGCAAGGUAAUGGAUUCAUGCCUGUACAACCAAUGUCAAGGGGACAGCCAGGAGGAAUGCAGUUGCAGCCGGUCACUGGCACACAGCUGGUGCCUCCACAGCCACAGCCUAUGCAAAUGAACAUGCAGUACGGUGUAAUGUACCCCUUGAUGCAAAUGAACCAAAGAAUGGGCAUGUAUUCCCAGCCGGCGUUUGGAGGAGGAUUUUAUGGGAUGAACCAAGCGCAGCUGUAUGGUGUUCAGAUGUCUGGUUACGGAUAUGGCCAACCAUCUGGGGGCUACUAUAUUCCAAAUGCUGCAUAUGCGUAUGCUAGCGCAAAUGAGCAUUCCCAGAGGAUGAACGGCCUUUCAGUUCAAAAUGGUGGUCCAAAUGGAACGACGACAAAUAAGCAGAGCAGACCUGAAGAUUCACUCUUCGGUGAUCUUUUGAGCAUCGCCAAAAUGAAGCAGAGCAAACCUGCAGCUGGUAAGGUUGGCAGUUGACAAGGGCAAUUGCGUGGAUACAUAGGCUCUCCUAAUUUGAAAGCUGCAGAAGCAUUUCCUGAUAGUACAUAAUUCUUUUGCCACUUUUUGUGCAAUGCCAGAUGGCUUAUCGAUGUCAUGUCAUCUGAGUAGGAACUCAUAAUGGGAAGUAGAGAUUGCGAUAUUUGAGAUGCUUAUGGCAAUGCUUCAUAGAAAGAGUAUUUAUAUGUAAAUUCUUGAGUUCAGUAGUAAUAUAUGUAGUCAUUAGUUUCCUAUGCACAAAAACCAUGCAGAAACAGAGGAUUCCUGGUGUCCCUAGCCAUAUACACCUCCUACUUUUCC